GUGAUUAUGAAACUGGGGUCGGAAUCGGGAAAACAAGACCUGUGCAAUAUUGUACACUUUUUUACCAUCAUAACGAGCCUAACUUGAGCUUUCUUCAGAGAGACCCUCAUCAGCCCCUCAACUCUGACAAUGAAGAAGAUAUAUCUGGGUUUGACUCUGUUCACCUUGGGAUAUGUGAUUUUUAUUUUAUUUACUAAGGAAUGGUCUGUAGAGCAAUUGUUUAGGAGGAUAGACUGGGCAAAGGACACCUGCAGUCUAAAUUUGAGCACUGACCCCUUCAUCCCGGUCCACAGGUCCAAAACAUUUGUGCUGAAUGCUUUCUUCGAGCACCGGACCCAUAACAUGAGCAUCCGUCUCAUCUCCAUUGUGUGGCGACCAGAAAAUACCAUCCAUCACUGCUUAAUGUGCUGCCAAGGCCGUCUGGUAACCUCUUUGGCCAAGCAGACUAUCCACAAUUCCCACUUUUGGUUCCCUUAUGGCACGGGGGACUUCCUGUGUGACAUCCCAGAGGACUGUGAGCCCACACAUGCUGGCCUGGUGUCUGAGGAAUUUGAUCCUGAGCACAUCACUGUUGUCCCAAUCUUAAACAGGGUACCAAGGGAGUCCGGCUUUCCUGUCAACUUCACUGUGUGCCUCUCUACCAUGUUUGGGGGGUAUAACAACGUGCUACAAUUUGUGCAGGCCAUGGAGAUGUACCGCCUGCUGGGGGCCCAGAGGGUGGUGGUCUAUAAGACCAACUGCAGCCGUGACAUGGAGGAGGUACUCCAUUACUAUGAAGACGAAGUGGGUCUGGUGGAAGUAGUUCCCUGGCCAAUCGACACCCACAUCAAGGUGUCCUCCAGCUGGCUUGCCAGCAAGUCGCCCGGUGACCUGCACUACUAUGGCCAGAUCCCUGCACUCAAUGACUGUGUGUACAGGAACAUGUACCAGACCAAGUAUCUCCUCCUCCAUGACCCCGAUGAGAUCAUCGUCCCUGUGGACAACAACACCUGGGGGGAGCUCCUGAGCACUCUGGAGGUCAAAUAUGGCAACAAGGCCAACUUCUACUUCGAAAACAAUGUUUUCCCAAUCGAGGAGACUGACGAAAGCAGCAGGUUCAACUUGUCAGAGUGGGCCACCAUCCCUGGCGUUAACUUCCUUCUGCACGUCCUGCGAGAGCCCAUCCCCAAAUCCCACUACACAACGGGGAAGCUGAUCGUCAACCCCAGGACUGUGUUUGAAAUCUCAGUGCAUGGCGUGAAGAGGCAGAACAGCCGGACAGUAGAGGUGUCUUCCCAUCUCGGCAGGCUCUAUCAUAUCCGCCGGCGGAAGAACGCCAAGCUGAAUAGCAGCGACUUGGUCAGGGAUGAGGGACUGUUGAGGUUCGCCCCACAAAUGAUCAGAAAGGUAGCAAACUCCCUCAGCAAAAUGAACCUGCCCUCCCAGAAACAGCAAGCGCUCUAGUCUAGUCUAGUGUCUAAGCUCUAGAUUUAAUCAUUGUUUCUCUUCAGUUCAGUUCUUCAUUUAGGUGUUUUUAACAAGAAUCAUUGUUUGAAGUUGAUUAAUUGCAUUAUAUUUUGAUUGAUAAAUAGCCCAAACCUCACUGUGGAACGUGACUGGCAACAAUUAGACUUUUCUUAAGAUAUUCUAUUCAGCGCAGACCAAUGUACCAUCAUUGGGUGUGCCUCUUAUCAGGAAAUAAAUAUAAUGCUAUUGUGAGUCUAAUCUAGUCAUGAAUCUGCACACAGCAGAUUUACAGACGCCACAUUUGUCAGAGGUGCUGAAUUAUUGGAUGUUGUUGGACGGAAAAUGUUCAGACACCUUCUGUGACUUACCUUACUCAACAUUCUUGAUGUGAUGUUUUGUCUAACUUGAUAAUAAACUGGUACGCACUGCAAAAAAUGAAAUCCUAGCAAGUGAAAACAUCUUGCAUCAAGGCAAUUAAUUUAA